AUGGCAAGUUUAGAAGCUGGAUUUUCUCAUGAUAUAUUUGUUGAAUGGGCUGUUGAUACGAAGAACCUUGUACAUUUUACUGAGAGAGGCCAGUUUGCUACACUGGCACAAAUGCUUCAAUCAGAUCCUCCUCCUAGAGAUGUUAAAGUUACCAUAUCAAAGAGAAUUCCCUUGGUUGGAGAGGUGUUAGCUGCUUAUGAAGAAGAACAAAAUCGAAAAAGAGAGAAAGCUCUUAAAGCUACUAUGGUGAAAGAGGAGGAAUCCAGAGCAUCUCUUGGUGUAAGAUGGAAGAUACUAGCAUAG